AUGGUGAACUGCAAGAAGGUCGGUCAUGAUGCCGGGCUUCAGCAUUGGUGCCGAGGCAAAGGGUGCAAUUGGUCCGAUGUCGUCGUCCAAUUGACCUUGGGAGGGUCACCUUGGGGAAGGAUUGUGCAACAUACAGUGCAGGUCAGGGGCAAGGACUUCUGUUUUUUUGGUUGUAAUGUGUGUUGUGUUUGUUGGGCAGCUGCCAAUCUAGAGGUGGACGAAGUGAAUCUUGCUUUCCAGAGCAUCCCCCAUACAGCUCAGCAGGACUUUCACUUUGUCAGAUGGUUCCGGACUACCCGUGUUCUUGCCAACAAAAAGGUCAAUUCACAGUGGAACGGCGGGUGGUGA